CCCGAGCUAAUCACUCCGUCUCUUCCUUUCCUUUCCCAUUUCCCUUCCCCUUCCGCCCGCCGAACACGCACGCCUCCGCUCCAUGCUGCAUCCUCCCACCGACGCGACGCGCGCCGCCCACCUCCAAGGAACUCUUCUCCUGUAGCCUUCCUCCGCCUUCUAGUCGACUGGCGUGGGGGUGGAGAUCGGCCCGGGAUUGGACUGGCUUCUUCAUUCGCUGGUGGAUGUCAAUUGGUUGUGUAGUUGAAGACAACAAACUUCAUUGGUCCUGAGAGGAAGAAGUAAUGAUCCGCCCAGGCUCUAAGGAGUCACAAAAUUAUGAUAACAAUAGUCAGAAAGUGCAUCCUCAACCAAUUGAUGAAAUUAUGAAUCAGAACGGGGACUCGAUGGACACUAUGAUUGGAAGGAUAUUCAAUGACAUAUCCUCUUUAAAAUCUGCAUACAUUCAGCUGCAGGAAGCCCACACCCCAUAUGACCCAGACAAGAUCCAAGCUGCUGAUAAGCUUGUCGUAGAGGAGCUCACGAAGAUUUCAGAACUCAAGCAUGCUUACAGAGAAAAAAAUCCUAAGCCUGUAGCUGCAUCACCUCAAGAUUCACGCUUGCUUACUGAAAUACAAGAGCAGCAGAACUUGUUAAAAACAUAUGAGGUCAUGGUAAAGAAGUUCCAGUCCCAGAUCCAGACUAGAGAUACUGAGACUACCCAUUUACAGCAGCAAAUUGAUGAGGCUAAACUCCGAAAAUCGAAGCUGGAGAAGAAACUGAAACAAAGGGGCCUACUUAACAAGGAAUCUGAGGAAUCUGAUGAAGAAGAGAGCUACUUUUCCAUUGAGUUGACACCAAGUUUGUUUACAUCUGCUGUUGAUAAUGUGUACCAGUCGAUACAUGACUUUUCGAAGCCCUUGAUCAACAUGAUGAAGGCUGCAGGGUGGGAUCUUGAUGCCGCUGCUAAUGCAAUUGAACCUGCUACAGUUUACACAAGAAGGGCUCACAAGAAGUAUGCGUUUGAGUCCUAUAUUUGCCAAAGAAUGUUCAGUGGCUUCCAAGAAGAGAGCUUUUCUGUGAAGGGCUCUAAUAUUACUGUUUCGAAUGAGGUUUUCUUCCAUCAGUUCCUUGCGGUACGAGCCAUGGAUCCUUUGGAUGUCCUGAGCCAAAACCCUGAUUCAAAUUUUGGAAAGUUCUGCAGAAUCAAGUACCUAUUACUUGUUCACCCAAAAAUGGAAGGUUCUUUCUUCGGUAACAUGGACCAGAGAAACUAUGUCAUGAGCGGUGGCCAUCCAAGGACACCUUUCUAUCAGGCAUUUCUAAAGCUAGCGAAGUCCAUAUGGUUGUUGCACAGGCUGGCAUACUCUUUCGAUCCUAAGGUCAAGGUCUUUCAAGUGAAAAAAGGAAGUGAAUUCUCAGACAUUCACAUGGAAAGUGUUGUCAAGGACAUCAUCUUAGAUGAAGGCGCAGCCAGGCCUAAAGUUGGCCUGAUGGUGAUGCCUGGUUUCUUGAUCGGGACUAGUGUCAUACAGUCUCGGGUGUAUCUUUCAGAUGUCAAGUCCGCUGACUGAAGAUGCGGCAGUUACAUGAGGAGAUUGAGGGAUCUUUGCAUCUCGGGGGUCAACUAAUUGCAUCAGAUAAGGUGGAGGAUCAUGUGUCUGUCUUGUAUGUGAUGCUUUAUGUUGUCCCCAAAAUGCUAUUCCUGUGAAAUGUGGAUAUCAAUGCCUUUAUGAAAAACUUCAAUGGCUUUCUGUUAUUUUCAGGACUAUAAUAUCUAUUUCUCUUAAGUUAGAUGUUCUUGUGGUAUGUAAUUCUGUCCGAUGUUUGGUUGGUGCAUGGUAUCAGUGUGGUUUGACAAUAUAUGUGAUGAUUGUACGCCCCUUUCAUCUGACACAUUUUUGCCUAAUCGGAUGAUUUUAUUGUCA